AAAACAAAUCCUUUGAAAUUAUCCUAGUUUACUUUUCACUGGCCAGUAUCAACUUUUCAUCAGUUGAGCUUCUAGAGGAAGUCUUAACGGAAGGAAAACGAGGAUUAGCUUCAUCUUUACUUCGUGGACAAUGAAGAUCCCACUUGCUUGCUUGCUGUUGCUUUUUAGCUCUGCAUUCUGUCAAGGACAAACUGUUGGAGACCGUUACCGAAAAUUUAUAGCCCAGCAUAUCAAUGGAGGCAUGAGCCAAACCCGAUGUGAUGCAGUAAUUAGCCAGAGAGGCAUUUCAAAAACUGACAGCAAUGACUGUAAGGAAACCAACACUUUCAUCCGAGCCAGCACUAACUUAGUUAAACAAAUUUGUGGAAGUGCAGGUGAGCCGUAUGGUCAAAUGAGGAAAAGCCUUCAACCUUUUGAUGUUGUUGUCUGUACUCUGAGAAACCAAGGUGCCAGACAUCCACAUUGCCAGUACAGGGGGACUAGUCGUGUCAGAAGAAUUGCAAUCAAAUGCGAGCAAGGCUUUCCUGUACAUUACGAUGGAGACGUUGUAGUCAUUAAUGACUGAUCAGACCCAGCGGUCUUGUGUGCCUUCUUAAAUAAAACAUAUAUAACA